AUGGAAGUUGGAGAUAUCGAUCUGAAAGACAAAGUUGUGGUUGUCACAGGCGGCGGUUCUGGCAUUUGCUUAUGCUUCGUCAAACGCGCCGCCGACCUGGGCGCCAAAGUCGUCAUCGCAGACCUCGCACUCACCUCAGAAGCCGAGAAGUUGGUCAACGACAACGACAGCGUCAUCUUCCAGAAAACCGACGUUACCAAGUGGGAUCAACUGAAGGCUCUUGUUACCGGCCCCAAGGAGAAGUUUGGAUCGAUUCCGGAGGUCUACGUUGCUGGUGCGGGAGUUUUUGAGCCUAAAUUCAGCAACUUCUGGCAAGACCCGGAGCAGGACGACCGCUAUGCCAUGACAGACAUCAACGUGGACCAUCCGGUCAAGCUCACUCGCGUAGCCAUGCGUGCUCUCGUCGGAGAGAACAAAAAGGGCGUCGUCCUACCGAUCGCCUCUGUCGGGGGGCUAGCAGGUUCCUAUAACUGCCCUCUUUACAUUGCUACAAAGCACGCAAUCGUUGGGUUCACUAAGUCCAUGAAAUUCCUGGAGAAGUACGAAGGUAUCAAAGUCGUUACCAUCUGCCCUGGCGCUGUCGAUACGCCACUCUGGACUGAGGAGAAGCGGACCCGCAGUAAUUUUGAGUCAAUCGAAGCCCUGAGGCCGGACGACGUAGCGAAGGCCAUGAUCGACCUUGUUAUGGAAGGCAAAUACAAGAGCGGCACAGUUCUUGAGAUUAUGCCAAACAACGGGCCCAAGACGAGAGUGGUGCCGGAAUGGAACAUCGAUCCUCCGCAGGGUGGAAGCUUAACCAAGACCGAUCCGAACUCGACAGAAGUUCCUGCGCCUUUCAAGGAGAUGAAGGAGGUGAUGGACCGGGAGAGAGGUUCCGGCAGCAAGAUGAACGGGACGAGCUCAGGCCAGACCGGCGGACACAGAAAGAAGAUCUCCAUUAGCCAGAAGACGUCUGGGCUGUGGCAAGCUGUGGAAGAGGAUGAGUGA